AUGGCUGGGCCAGGGUUUCGGGGCCACCCCACCGGCCCGCUCCUGCUCCUGCUGCUGCUCCUGCCCCAGGCCCUGCCAGAAGGACCCCUGGUGUUCGUGGCUGUGGUGUUCCGCCAUGGUGACCGGGCCCCGCUGGCCUCCUACCCCACCGACCCACACAAGGAGGCUGUCUCCACCCUGUGGCCGCGCGGCCUGGGCCAGCUGACCUCGGAGGGGGUCCGCCAGCAGCUGGAGUUGGGCCGCUUCCUGAGGAGUCGCUAUGAGGACUUUCUGAGCCCUGAGUACCGGCGGGAAGAGGUCUAUGUUCGCAGCACAGAUUUUGACCGGACACUAGAGAGCGCUCAGGCCAACCUCGCGGGGCUGUUCCCUGAGGCCGCACCGGGACGCCCUGAGGCCACCUGGAGGCCCAUCCCUGUGCACACAGUGCCGGUCACUGAAGACAAGUUGCUGAGGUUCCCCAUGCGCAGUUGUCCCCAAUACCAUGAGCUGCUGCGCGAGGCCACGGAGGCAGCCGAGUACCAGAUGGCGCUGGAAGGCUGGACGGGCUUCCUGACUCACCUGGAGAACUGUACGGGGCUGUCACUGGUCGGGGAGCCACUCCGCAGGGCGUGGAAGGUUCUGGACACACUGAUGUGCCAGAGAGCCCAUGGUCUCCCUCUUCCAUCCUGGGCCUCCCCAGAUGUCCUGCGCACGCUAGCCCAGAUCUCAGCUUUGGAUAUUGGGGCCCACGUGGGCCCACCCCGGGCGGCAGAGAAGGCCCAGCUGUCAGGGGGGAUCCUGCUGGAUGCCAUCCUUGCCAACUUCUCUCGGGCAGAGCGCCUGGGGCUGCCCCUCAAGAUGGUUAUGUACUCAGCUCACGACAGCACCCUGCUGGCCCUCCAGGGGGCCCUGGGCCUCUACGAUGGGCACACCCCACCCUAUGCGGCCUGCCUGGGCUUCGAAUUCCGGAGGCGCCUUGGGGACCCCGACGAAGAGGCAGGGAAUGUCACCGUCUCCCUCUUCUAUCGCAAUGACUCUGCAGGCCUGCCCCUGAGCCUCAGCCUCCCUGGAUGCCCAGACCCCUGCCCACUAGGCCACUUCUACCAGCUGACUGCCCCAGCCCGGCCUCCAGCUCACUGGGUCCCCUGCCACGGCUCCCGUGAGCCUGCCACUCCUACUGCUACCCUGGUGCCAAUGUUGGCUGGGGCUGUGGCCGUACUGGCGGCGCUCAGCAUAGGACUGGGUCUGCUGGCCUGGAGACCUGGCUGCUUGCGGGCUUGGGGAGAUCCCGUGUGAGCCACAAAACCAGCAUCCCUUCCCCACUGCUGACCCUGGACCACAACAUGUGCGCUCACCCACUGCACUGGCUCUCGUGAUUUACUGUGUCUGUGUGUGGGGAACUGGGAAUGCUUCCGAUAUUGGAAGCCAACAGCUGUUUUGCAGGUGUGUGCACUUGUGUGCAUCAGUGUGCACAGGCAUGUACAUGGUCUCCACAAAUACACACAUGUGGUUCGGGGGUAGCUGUUGGUUUGAAUGUUUCUGCACUUUAACAUAAAUGUGCAGGCUGCCUGCAUGUGCUGGUAUGUCUGUGUUGGUAUGUGUAUAGGUGUGUGAUGAGUGGGUCUAGGCGUACUUCUGCAUUUCCCUACAUGCAUGGCAGCACGUGGUGAGGAUGUGUCGGGAUAUCUGUAGGUACCAUGUGCACAUGAUAGUUAACAAGGCUGAGCCUGCUAGGUGUCCCUCUUUGGACUCAAUUCUCUAGAAAUGAGUGCCACCUCUAGGCCUCUCUGCUCCUGGGGUGGGGGUCAGGACUGUCUUCUACAGGGGGUUCAAGGCCUGGCCCCAAGGCUGGUCAGUACUGAGACUGUGUGAUUCUAAGCAAGGGAUCAGCCUCUGUUGCCCCCACUUCAUUUGGCACAGCCAUGACUCAAACUCCACAGACCCGAUCAAUUCUGAAAUUUACCACUGGGAACCACUCUCAGGGCUGCCAUAGGGCCACUGAAAUAAAAUGUAUUCAGGUUCCAGACACACUGGCCACAUUUCAAUAGCUCAUCAGCCACCUGAAGCUGGUGUGCUGAACACACUUAAAGCUACUGCACAGAUCACAGGAAACCAGCAGGCCCUGUGGAUGCUCCAUGUGACCCAGGUGCAGGUCUAGGCCAGUAGUUAAGCUCCCAGGAGGGUAGGCUCUGCCCUCCCCACCACAGGCCAGGCACCAGGCUUGCUUGUGGGAGGUCUCCAUCCUGGCGCAGCCUUGCCACAUGUGUGGUACCAUUGGGCAAAUGUGUGAACACCCCAGACUAGGAUAACAGGGAGGUCAGGGGGCUGGUGUGCAGUGGGCAGUUAUUGACUAGGUACCCAUUACAGGGGGUAGAAUUGGAGGAUCAGAGGUGGGUGUGGGGGGCUGUGGCUAGAAGCAACUUCCAGCUACUAGGAUCCCCCAUAACCCUCUCCUGGAGAACACAGGGUGCUAGGUCCCCUGGACUGAGAGGAAAAGGCUGAGGCUACUAACAUAGCCUCACCUGGAGGACCUACUCCUGGGGAGCCCCGAGGCACCCCACCAUCGCCCCUGGUGGCACAGUGGUCAUAGGUUGUGGAAGUGAAAGGCUGCCAUACCCCAGAAUGCCCUCUUGGGCGUGCGACAGGACCCAGCUUCUCAGACAUCCAAGGAAGACCCCACUGAGUUCUCUCAGGUUUCCCUGUCCCAGUGCUGGGGGUGGCUCCCAGGGCCUGAGAGCACAGCCCUAUCCUCAGCAAGAAGGCAGCCAAGAGACAGGGGCCUGAGGCCUCUGUGUGUGUCUCCUGCGCCAUGUCCAGACCCCUAUCCAUGCCCCCUGAGGGUUCUGGAUUCAGCUUCUCAUGGGGGCCACACCAAACACCACAGUUCACAGGCAAGGAUGCUCGCUAAACCCCCACCUCCAGUGGGAUACUUGGCCCCAACACCGUCAACCCAGAAACUGGCCAGAGAGCACACAUGCAGCUAGAGACACUGGAUAAGACUGGCCUGGCUGUCCCUUCCCCAAGUGAGCAACCAGCAAGUCUGCUUUAAGAGGGAAAGGCAUUGCCCGGCCAGGCGUGGCUCAGCGGUUGAGCACUGACCUAGGAUCCAGGA